UGCAAAUUCGGCAGUUCGGUUGUUGGAAGCACUGCGAGAGUUGAAGUGAAGACAGCACAAUUGCCUGUUGUAAAAGUUUAGAGUUCAGAAGCAAAAUUAACCAGAAUCUCCAUGUGUGAGACAUUGUUAACGCUAGCAUUCGCAUGAGUGGGCGCACUUGAGCCCAUAGCUGCUCUAUUGCUUUGCACUGUGCGCUGCUUUUAUUACCUGACGAUCGGCAGACAUGAGAGAAUUCUGCUUUUUCGUUAUAUUGAUGUUCCUUAUUGGUGCCAUACGUUCAGCGGAGGAAUCCAAGUCAAAGCAAUACAUCCUGGGAGUUUAUGUACUCUGUGAUGAGCUCAUGACGGAACAGAUUUGGAACAGCUUUGGACGCAACUUAAUGGAAUAUUUUGGUGCAUUCUUCAAUGCAAUCAACUUGAUCUUUCAACAGUUGCCGAACCAUGGCGUUACGUUCAAAGUUGUCUCAGCAGAUAGCGCAUUGAAGCGUGAGGACUUGAACAACAAAUACCGAGCUGCAGGACUGAACAGUUCUUGGUCACAACACAUCAAUAUCACAAAUGGUAAACUCGCCUACGACCAAACGACGAUGCAGUUGUCUCAAUAUUUCAAGGCCGCUGGUCAACCUUACAACAAUAGCCAUGUUAUCGUCCUGUUCUCAGGGAGGACACUAGUCUUACAACUUCUGGCUCACAGCAAGCACAGGAAGGCUGUACAUGCAAACCCAAAGCGUGGACGAAUAUGUACUGCAAAUAACAUUGUGAUAACACAGGAUAACGGACUCUUUUCGGGUGUUACGUUCACUGCGAGAAGGCUUGCACGUCUUUUGGGCGCAAAUUAUGACUACAGGGAGUCGCUGAAGUGCCUAUACAGCUCUAGCAUGCUCAUGGGAGAUAUAGAGAAAUCCGAAAACCAAAAGGCAAACUACAAGAUGUCAGAGUGCACAUUACUUGAUCUGAUGGAGACGCUAGGGAACAAAUCCAAGCAAAAGUGCUUGCUAAAGGAAUUCAGACCGAACAUGCCCUCAACAAAUGAACUUCCUGCUGAUCUGUUUAAACCAGACAAGUAUUGCGCUCGCAAAUUCGACGGAGAACGCAACAUAGCAGAAUGCACACAAGAAAUAUGGGACAUAAGUGGCUACUCACCAGCAGGCACGUGCCAGGUACGUUGUUGCUACGGGUCGGUACGCACUUGGAAAAGGAAUGCGUUCUCGAUGUACAACGUUGACGCCCUCGACGGUUAUCGUUGCGAUGCUAACGGGGUGCAAAACGGGAUCAACUUGAUCUUUCGAAAGUUGCCGGGCUCCGUCAAGGUUAGGUUCAACGUUGUCGCAGUGGAGAGUUCGUCGGAACUAUCCCCUCUGGCGAAAGCAUAUACUGCUAGAAGACGUGGCGCCGACAAAUACCUGUUAGGACCCUGGCCAAAACAAAUCAGCGUCGAUGACAAUGGCAAAGUCCUCGAUAAUGCAACAUCAAACAACCUGAAGACAUAUUUCAGUAAAACGGGUGCACCCUACAACGAGAGCCACAUUGUAGUCUUCUUUACAGCAUUAGGCGCCAACUACGACUACCUGGAGGAGCCGAAGUGCCUAUACAGCUCUAGCAUGCUCAUGGGGGAUGUAGACAAAAAGGAAAGCUACACGAUGUCACCUUGCACUAUGAAAGAUUUGACAGAGUCGCUACGGUAA